AUGGACAGGGAAGAUUCAUUUGAUGCUGGUAAUACCACAGUUGUAUCUAUACCACGUAGUGUCUUGAUUGCAGAAGACAGACUUGUUGAGGAGCCUGCAGUUGAUAAAGACUUGAAACAAGAACAUCAUCAAUUACACCAAGAAAAGCAGAAAGGGGGAGCGGAAAAUGGGGAAGUAGGAGAAGAAGGAAAUAAUAUUUUAGAUUCCCAGAUCAAUAAACCUCAAACAACAACAAGCACCAAAACAGGUGGCAUUGCACAAGCUGCGCACUCACCAUCAAUUUCUUCCAUAUCUUCAUUAGAAAGUGAUAGCUCAACUAGUAAACUUAUCCAAUCUUUUUCCAAGACUAAGUUGACUGAUAGUAACAAGGAAAACCAACCGCCACCACCACCGCUACCACUGCUCUUGGGAACUGACGCGCGCACAAACAAUAUGACCAAUGACUGGGAGAGACCAGCCCUAAUUGCUACAUCCACUGAAAAUAAUGUCAGUGACAACAACAACAACAACAACAACAACAACAACAGCAGCAGCAGCACCACUACUACUUUCACAACAGAAACAACCAAAGUGACCAAAUUGCCUCAAUCAGUAGCUUCCAAAACAAAUUUUUAUAAUGACUUGAAUAGCAGAGAUAUAAACUCCUCCGUCUCCAUCACGAGCAAACAACCACCACCACAACAAAGGAAGAAACCUGUUAAAUUUACCGUGAGAAAAGUAUCACAUGAAGCUAUUAGUUCUCCGUCUUCACCUUCACCUGAUGCAGUGUCCAAUGGGUAUAGUCAUAGCAGACAGAGCAGCAAUGGCGGCCAUCAGUACAAGAAUAAUACCUAUAAAUCGCCAAAUCCAAGUAGAGAUUACAGCUCAUCAUACCCGUCGCAAUAUCGAGUUGCCUCGUCGCAGUCACACUCAAACACACACUCCCACUCACCACAAUUGGGAAAAACUAGUCCUACUAUUGCCACUUCACCUUCAGUAGACACGCACGAGUUGGAAACACGCAAGAAAUUAUCAGCAGCACAACACAAAUACGACCAAUACGAGACAAGAAUAGUCAAGAUUGAUAAAGAAAUACAGUUUUUAAGUAAUUUGCUUCCCCCAUAUACUGUUGAUGUGGAUUAUACCACUAGAGUCAAGAUUCAACGGGCAAUUGACAAGUUGCGUGGGAAGCAGGAUGAAUUGGCUAGAAAGAAAUAUGGCUUGGGUAUUACUAUCAGUCGACUCUGGCGUGCUACUGAAGGAAGUGAAAUAUGGGUUAGGAAAGUGGAUUAA